AUGAUGGUUGUUGAUGUUGUUGUUGAUAGGGUUGUUGUGGUGGAUAUCCACCAGACUGUGGUCCACCUGAGAAUCCAUAUUGCGGUGGUUGUGGAUAUCCUGCACCACCACCACCUCCUGGAUAUGGUGCUCCUUGUCCUUGGUUUGGAUAACCUCCUGGGUACGGUGGUUGUCCACCUCCACCUCCUGGGUAUGGCUGUUGUUGUUGAUGGUUUUGACCUUGACCGUAUGGAUCGUAGCCGCCAUUUCCAUAUCCAGGUUGUUGUGGUGGCAUACCUCCAUAUCCUGCAUUCCCAUAGGAUGGCUGAUUCGGAUAACCUGAAUUUGAUUUCGAAUAUGAUAAUUGUUUUGACAUGA